AUUAGACAAUAGGUUCCGGCAAACGAAGCCACCAGAAAUUCACAUUCCGGGGGAUUGAACAGCAAAAAUGUACUGGCUGCAUGCAGAACUACGACAAACACCAAGGGAGCGUCAAGCACCCCUGUCUUUGUUCCACUCCUUCAAGAACUCCACAAGUCACGACCGUUUUUGACGGUACACACGUGAAUCAUUGCCUAUUUCUUUGUUUCCAGGAAUUCUUCUAGAAGCAAGAGUUAUCCAAGGCUUGUUGACCAUUUCGUCGUUCAAAACCGGCCGACUUUGCAUUUCUCCACUGUAGAGGCAUGAACCGAAGCCAGCACUGAAAGAACAUGGCGACCCCGUUCAAGCAGAUAAACUUGUCGACAUCGUCUCUCGAGGGAAUGGAGCGCCCAGUGCGGUCCUUCAAGUCCUUCAUAAAGACUGUACCUCCAAACCCAGAACAACCACGAAACGACAAGCCAUUGCCACCGACUCCAUCACCCUCACAGGAGUUCGUGGUAGCAUCACAACCUCUCACUCCAACACUCGAGUUCCCCAAAAGAAGCGCGAGCGACGCUUCGUGGAAAGCUCCUGCAGAGUGGUUCAACAGUACCCCCGAAAUCGCGAAGACGUAUCCUGGAACACCCCCACUGCCCGGUGGACGAACGCUAUCCCCAGUCAUUCCCGAGCCCUUGUUUGAGGCCGGCGAAGGAUUCAUGGAAUUUUUAACAACGCAAACGUCGCCCUCGUCUCCCCAGGUUUCUCGACUCUUGCCGAUAUACGAGCGUUCGUUUGUGGACCUGGGACCACCCGGUUCUCCACCUAGGACUCCGUUGCCGUUACCACCAAAACCUACCACUAACCUAGUACCUCUCCCAAUACCACCGAUCACGAGUACAUCGAUGGUAGAUCUGAAGCCAUACACUGUACCUACACCAGCAGUCCGGCCAGAUUCCGAGAUUGGCACCGAUGCGGCUUCGGAUCACCCCUCGCCCCUGCAAGAUACUCGAGUCGACGGUUCAAGUUCGUCAGGAGGUUCGGCAGUGUCCGAUGAAUCGACCAAGGAGAAGGCAUUUUCAUCACUUGGACUGGAUCCAUCAGUGGGGCAUGCUAUGGACGACUACCGUGAGCACCACGAUCACGAUCGCCCCGAUAGACGAUAUAUGCGGGGGAGGAAGCUUCGUGCGUUGAACAAAGGAAACCCGUUGAGCGAUGACAGUUGGGAGGACCCGGAUCUAGAUGAAAAGGCCAGACAAUUGAGCUUCUCGCAAGACUAUCACGAUCUGCUGGUUGAUCAGUACCAAGAACUGAAUGUGCGUCCUGAGGAGGUUCUCAGACAAGCGCCGAACGACAACAGUUCUUUUAUGGUGGCUGGAGCCGGACUCGAUCCGAAGCCUCGACCGUUGGACCAAGGUCUCAUGCCACGGCCAUUGUCAUGGCAAAAAUCCUCGAAUGACUCCACACCGCGCUGUGUCUCCCUGAAUGGAAAUGCCACUACGGUUACGACUGGGGGAGAUUCGGCGAAUAAGAGGUAUAGGAUUUCUGGCAAGCUCUCUGUUUGGAUACCGCAACGACUCAGUGUUGGGAAUAGGAGCCGGCAGUGCAAAGACGAAACAGGCUCCGCUAAAAAACAAAAGACGCCAAAGGAGUCGAAGGUUAUCGAUGCCAACAGCUUCAAAGCGAUUCCUUAUGGGCAUACCCAGGAGAACACUAGUAGGGACUCAAGGUUCUCUAUACUUCCCCAGAACAAGCCUCUGCUAUUCGGCAGGAAAAACAGGUCAAGCAAAUCCAGUGAUGGGAGUCAAGAAAGGGGUUUAGGAGAACCAUCUCCAACCACGAGGUCUCCUAGGCACAUGCCUUUGAAGCCUAUGGUCCGUUUGCCAGGAGGUUUUGCAGUGGUUCGUACUCCACCGGAUCCAAGGCCGCGAUCGAAACAUGCAAGCCUUAUUGAUCUGAGUUCUUCGGUGAGGGAAAGACCAAUUAGUGAGGCAUUCCCUGAAAGCAGCAGUGUCUCCACAUACUCUGAAUCAUUCCUCCCAGCCCCUUCCGAGCAUCGAAUGUCUCAAAUAAGCCAACGCUCGGUUUUGACCGAAAGUAGAGGUCUAGCUGCAACAGCAGCAGCUCGCAACAAACUCCGAGUGUCAAUGGCAUCCUCACAAUCAAGACGCUCCAGUGGCUCGAAUCAUCCACUCGCCAACGAGAUCACCCAUCGUACCAACACCUCAUCGCUCAGUCCGAUAUCUACGAAAUCCACUUGGACGCAGUCCAGUGGUGAUUCAGCAUCGGUGCGGCAGAAACCAGGUAUUUUUGACAAGGCCAUGCAGGCGAGGCGCAGACGAAGCCGGGAACUGAGGCAGAAGAGAUUGAAGAAUAGUAUCAAAGUAUUAGGACCUACGGAUCCGCACGUCGUCAGUGGGUACAUCCGCGAUAGUGGACAGAUCAACAACAUUGACGAGGGAGGAAGAAGGCCUGGUUAUCUUGUCGAAGGGGUUUGA